GCUGCCACCUUACCAACUUUAACAACCAUAAAAAGCCCAUAUUGGUAUGGCAGUAAUCAACCCCAACGCCACCCUGACCUUCACCGUCCGGAGAUGUGCACCGGAGCUCAUCGUUCCGGCAAAACCAACACCGAGAGAACUCAAGCCUCUCUCCGACAUCGAUGAUCAAGAAAGAUUCCGGUUGCAAAUUCCGGAUAUAUUUAUUUAUCAAAGGGACCCCAAAAUGGUAAAUAAGAAUCCGGCGAGUGUGAUAAGAGAGGCUCUGGCUAAGCUUCUUGUGUUCUACUAUCCGCUUGCCGGCCGGCUAAAAGAGGGUCCGGCCGGGAAGCUGAUGGUGGACUGCUCCGGCAAGGGCGUGUUGUUUAUCGAGGCCGAGGCGGAUGUUACGGUGGAUCAAUUCGGAGAUCCACUUGGGCCACCGUUCCCGUGUAUGGAAGAGCUCCUUUAUGAUGUUCCGGGCACCGGUGGCAUCGUUGAUUCACCGGUGCUACUCAUUCAGGUGACACGAUUGCUAUGCGGAGGUUUCAUCUUUGCCACACGACUCAACCACACCAUGUGUGACGCAGUAGGACUUGUACAAUUCCUGUCAGGAUUAGGUGAAAUAGCUCGGGGUGCCACGUCACCAUCAGUAUUACCUGUUUGGCAAAGAGAGUUGCUUUGUUCAAGUGACCGACCGCCGAUGACAUUUACUCGCCAAGUUGGAUAUACCAAGGAUGACAUGGUACACAAGUCAUUGUUCUUUACUAAAACCGAUAUUUCAGCUUUUCGCAGGCUUGUUCCGACACACCUACAGAGUUGUUCCACAUUUGAAGUGCUAACAGCUUGCCUCUGGCGUUGUCGUACCAUCGCUCUCGAACCAAAUCCAAAAGAGGAAAUGCCCAUUUUAUGGCCUGUUAAUGCGCGUAAGAUGUUCAACCCUCCCCUCCCUGUCGGAUACUAUGGAAAUGUUUUGGCGUUCCCUGCCGCCAUUUCCACCGCUCAAGAUCUAUGUAACAAGCCAUUAGGUUACGCGUUGGAGCUCAUGAAAAAAGCCAAAUCCGACGCCACUAAAGAGCGGAUUAAAUCUGUUUCUGACCUAAUGGCAUUCAAAGGCCAACUCCACUUCACAGCUAUUCGACGUUACAAUGUCGCGGAUUUGACCCAUGUGGGGUUUAACACCGUGGACUUCGGGUGGGGGAAGCCGGUAUACGGUGGGGCUGCGAGAACUCGGGUAGGAGUUAGCUUCUAUGUACCUUACACAAACAACAAAGGAGAGUCCAGAACCGUGAUACCCGUAUGUUUUCCGAGUGGAGUAACGAUGGACCGAUUUGUCGAAGAGCUAAAUAACAUGUUAGCACAAGCAAAGAACGAUAUGGAACACGAGUUACCCGCUCCCUCAAAACUUUAACGUCGAUGUUGGUGACGACGUAGGACACUUUAAGGCGUGCUCGUUUAUGUGGAAAUAAAUAUUUUAGAAGCUUGUAUGUGUAUAAUUAAGUGUAUUACCUGCUGCUUAUAAGUGAUUACUAAUACAUGAAUCUAUCCGUUCGACA